AUGGAGUCGACAAAGCCAUGGCUUCAUAGGAUUCGGUCUUCCGAAUCUUUUGUUGUCGCGGUGGUGACGAUUGCGAUUUUCACGGAUGUUUUCAUAUAUGGCAUGAUUGUACCUAUCAUCCCCGUUGCACUGGUUGAACGCGUCGGAACUCGAGAAGAAGAUGCGCAAUACUGGGUAUCGGUUCUGCUAGCCGUCUACGGUGCAACCCUUCUUAUUGGAUCGCCGCUGUUUGGCUGGUUCGCCGAUCACUCUCGAUAUCGAAAAUUACCUUUCGUCAUCGGUCUCGUUGCACUGGGUGCUUCGACUCUUCUCUUCGUCGUUGCCCGCUCUAUGAUUCUUCUUAUACUUGCACGUGGUCUGCAGGGGUUCUCCGCCGCAGGUGUUUGGGUCGUUGGACUCGCCAUCGUUGCGGAUAAUGUGACCCCGGAGCGGGUCGGAGAGGCAAUGGGACAAACGACAAUCGGUAUGACGUGGGGAUUUCUUCUCGGUCCCAUGAUUGGUGGAAUCAUGUAUGAGAAGCUGGGAUUUUAUGGGACGUUUAUGAUUCCUGUGGCUCUUAUUGUUAUGGAUGUGAUCUUGCGAUUUGCCAUUAUCGAGGUGCCGAAAAUUGCUCCAGAUUCAGAGCGCACUCGCAAUUCGCAGGCUAUUGACUCUCAGGCUGAUGCGUACAAUACGUUCACUUGCCACGGGUCUCAGUCUCCCCAGGCAAGGGAUCCUGAUAUCGGGACUGAGGAAGAUUGCCACGAGCAAACAUCCUUAUUGAGAUCCUCGACACCUUGUGCUGGAUCUUCAAGCUUGAGCAAACAAAAACCCGCCACUAUAUUCAGUCUUCUCAAGUCUCCUCGACUGCCCCUUGCAUGCACGGCCACCAUUGUGAUGGCUGUUAUGGUCGCAGCUUUAGAAACCACGAUCCCGAUAUACGUUAUGGAGACAUUCGGCUGGUCCUCUGGCGGCGCAGGGCUAAUCUUCGUCGCUUCCUCUAUCCCCAGUUUCGCAGGCGUGCUUAUUGGAAAGUUUAUCGAUCGCAUCGGAGUCCGGAUCCCCGCAGCUAUAGCCUUCUCAGCUUCGGCCUGCGGCUGGAUCCUGAUGCGCUUCGUGAACAAGAACACAACCGCCGAUAUUAUUCUGCUAACAGCCCUCCUAUUCAUUCUAGGCCUCGCGGUCGUCACGAUAGAAGUAACCGCCAUGACGGAAGCUUCUCAGGUGGUCGGAGACUAUGAGAGUGAGAACCCUGGCGCGUUCGGAGAGAAAAGCCCGGUCGCCCAGACGUAUGCGCUGUUUAAUAUGGCGUUUGCUGGGGGUCAGCUCCUUGGUCCGAUAUUGGCGGGUGGACUGCGGGUGCGUGCAGGUUGGGCUGCUAUGACUCUCGUGUUGGGAGUACUGUGUGCCGUGACAGCCGUGCCUAUUGGUCUGUUUAGUGGUGCCUUGCCUAAAAGGGUCGAGGUUGAGGCCGAAAGGGAUGCCAGUGGGUAG